AUGAAUAAAAACUUAAAGAGUCUGCAAAACCUCGUCGUAGGUCUACUGUUCAUAUCCAUAUGCCUAUUGGUUCAGGAGACAGAAUCAGCGGCCUGUCAUGGUUGUGCAUCAGGAUCAAAGUGUGACUGCAGUGGAGUGAAAGGAGAAAAGGGUGAUAGGGGUUUUCCAGGACUUCAGGGCCAGCCGGGUGUACCAGGGUUCCCUGGACCAGAGGGGCCGAUCGGGCCCAGGGGAGAGAAGGGUGAUGAUGGACCCCCUGGGCCUGGUGGGCCGAAAGGAAUCAGGGGACCUCCGGGACUUCCAGGAUUUCCGGGAACUCCAGGGAUUCCAGGUCUCCCAGGACAGGACGGCGCCCCAGGGCCAAGGGGAGUACCAGGCUGUAAUGGGACAAAAGGUGACAGAGGUUUCUCCGGAGGUCCAGGCUUGCCAGGUUUAGAAGGACAGCCGGGUCCACCAGGGAUACCAGGCCAGAAGGGUGAACCUGGUGACAUUAUCAGGGACAGCUUCCCAGGACCUGGAGGAGAAGUGGGACGUCCAGGCUUACCAGGAACCCAAGGACCCCCAGGGUCUCCAGGGUUACCUGGUCCCGUUGGUCCACCUGGCCCCAGAGGCUUUGAGGGUCGUCCAGGACCGCCUGGUCCCCCAGGUCCUAAGGGAAACAUGGGAUUGAACUUCCAAGGGCCUAAAGGACAAAAGGGUGACCAAGGUCUUCAGGGACCUCCUGGGCCUCCAGGACAGGUUGGAGAACUGACAGGUCCGCAGGGCACUGAAGUUCAACGCGGAGAGAAGGGUGAUCGGGGCCCACCUGGACCACCUGGUAUUCCAGGGCUUCCUGGACCACCGGGUCUAUCUGGAGGACAGAAAGGGGAGAAAGGAGAACCCGGAGAACCUGGAAAAAGGGGGAAACCUGGCAAAGAUGGAGAUCCUGGUCCUGCAGGUUUUCCCGGAAUAAAAGGAGAGUCUGGUACUCCAGGUGUCCCUGGAAGAGAUGGUGAGAGGGGUCAGAAGGGUGAACGUGGAUAUCCAGGGCCUCCAGGUGUGGUGUUGAGUGGUCCAACUUCAAACCGAGUAGGGCCCAAAGGAGAACCAGGUUUCCCAGGGUCACCGGGAAGAAAAGGAGACAGAGGCCCACAAGGUCCCUCAGGAACCCCUGGACUGCCAGGUACCCCAGGAAUUGGAGGUCCAGGCCCACCUGGUCCACCUGGUUUCCCUGGAGAGAGGGGUCAGAAAGGUGACGAGGGACCGCCUGGAAUCUCUUUCCCCGGUCCACCCGGUAGAUCAGGACAGCCAGGUUUGCCAGGACCUCCAGGCCCCCCUGGCCCCACGGGAUCGGGCACUGAUUAUGGAAGAUGUCCUGCCGGGUCUCCUGGACUGCCAGGCCUACAGGGCGAACGUGGUUUCCCUGGAGAGACAGGACAGAAAGGUGAAAAAGGGGAGACAUGCAUCAACUGCUUCUCCACUGGCAACCCAAUACCAGGACCACCUGGUCCUCCUGGUCCAGCUGGCAUUCCAGGAGGCCCAGGCUUUCCUGGUUCUAAAGGAGAAAGAGGAUUCCCAGGUGGACCAGGACCAGUGGGUCCUCCAGGUUUACCAGGACCUCAGGGUUCACCUGGCAUUCCUGGAGAGAAAGGUGACCCUGGCGAUACCUUCCCAGUGAGUGGAGUGAAGGGUGACAAGGGAGACCCUGGCUUCCCUGGACCACCAGGACUUCCUGGACUGGAUGGCAGACCCGGUCGUGAUGGUGCGCCUGGUACCCCAGGUCCCAAAGGACAGCCUGGUUCACUUCUGGUAAAGGGAGAGCGCGGCCCCCCUGGAGAACCUGGUCUUCAAGGUCCUCCAGGUGAUAGAGGUACACCUGGACCCCCAGGUUUUGGCCCUCAGGGAUCUUCUGGAGAAAAAGGUAUCCAAGGUGUAUCAGGAAGACCUGGAUCCCCUGGUGCCCCUGGGCAGAAAGGUGAGCCUGGUGCAACUGUUGCAGAAAAAGGCCUUCCUGGGCCUCCAGGACGAGAUGGAGAACCUGGCCUGCCAGGAAGUCCAGGUAACCCAGGCCAACCAGGAUCACCCGGUUUCCCAGGCUUACCUGGACCAAAAGGAGAUCCUGGAUUGCCUGGCAUUGGUUUGCCUGGACCUCCUGGAGUCAAAGGAUUCCCUGGUCUUCCUGGUACCCCUGGAAGCCCUGGAGUCCCUGGACGACCAGGUGAUGAUGGUCGACCUGGUCAGCCUGGAUUACCUGGACCCAAGGGAGAACCUGGUUUUGGUUUGCCAGGGCCUCAGGGUCCUCCAGGAGCUCCAGGUCUUAAAGGAGUACCUGGAUCAAAAGGUGAUCCAGGAUUCCCAGGCAACCCGGGCAGCCCCGGAAGACCAGGUGUCGAUGGUGUUCCAGGGCCUAAGGGUGACUCAGGUAUUCCCGGCACACCUGGACCUCGUGGCCCCCCAGGCCCCCCUGCUUUUGGUCUUCAGGGUCCUCCUGGCCUUCCUGGCCCCCCUGGUCCUAUUGGUAGUCCUGGUUUCCCAGGUGUGAAUGGAGAAAAAGGUGACCCAGGACCUCCAGGUCGGGACAUUCCAGGGUUGCCAGGCGACAGAGGAAGCCCCGGCUUCCCCGGAGCUCCUGGACCAAUUGGCCCACCAGGAAGCCCUGGUGGCCCUGGUCGUGAUGGAUUACCUGGACUUCCUGGUUCCAAGGGAGAUAUGGGUCCAAUUGGUUCCCCAGGGCCUCCUGGAACUCCAGGCAACCCAGGUGGACCUGGCUUCCCAGGACCAAAAGGUGAUGCUGGUUUUCCAGGACAACCAGGUUCUGCAGGAGCUCCUGGGUUGAAGGGUGACAGAGGUGACCCUGGUCUUCCUGGCUCCCCUGGACCUUCUCUUAGUCCAGUAACUUUGAAAGGACAGAAGGGAGAACCAGGUUUUCCAGGUUCUAGUGGUGCACCUGGACAAAAAGGUAUUGCUGGUCUGCCUGGAGAUCCAGGUUUCCCAGGACAGGAUGGACGACCAGGAGGACCAGGACCCCCAGGUCCCAAAGGAGACCCAGGUAUCCCAGGUGGCCCCGGGGCCCCUGGAGCUCCAGGACAAAAGGGUGCCAUGGGCGAGAUGGGAUUCCCAGGACCUUCUGGACUGAAAGGAACCCCUGGUCAACCUGGUCGAUCAGGCCAGCCAGGUUCACCAGGAUCACCUGGGUUCCCAGGAUCCAAGGGUGAACCGGGCACUGCUGGAUUUGGACCUCCAGGACCACCAGGAAUUAAGGGUGAACCAGGCUCUCCAGGAUUCCCUGGAACUCCUGGGCCAAAAGGCCUUCCUGGUUCUCCAGGCCUUCCAGGAUUACCUGGCAAUCCAGGGGCAAAGGGUGACCCAGGAGCUCCAGGAAUCCCAGGACCAUCAGGUUUUCCGGGCCCGAAAGGUUUGGAUGGGGGUCCCGGUGCCCCUGGUAUAAACGGAGCCCCGGGCAGACCGGGAGAACCUGGUCGCCCUGGGUCGCCAGGUUUUCCCGGUGACAAGGGGCAGCCUGGCCGAGAUGGUAUCCCUGGACCUGCAGGAGUGAAGGGAGACCCAGGUCCUCCUGGUGGUGGUGUCCCAGGCCCUCCUGGCUUACCAGGGUUGCCAGGUCCAAAAGGAGAUCUGGGUCUUCCAGGCCUUCCUGGUAGCCCUGGGUUCCCAGGACAGAAAGGUGAAGUGGGAUUCCCAGGGUUGCCUGGCAACCCAGGUUCCAUUGGGCCACCAGGUCCUCCAGGUUUGUCUCUGUCUGGGCCCAAAGGUAACCCUGGGCCACCUGGUCCCCCAGGAAGAGGCGGUCCGGCAGGUCCUCCAGGUCCUCCUGGCCCUGAGGGACCCCGUGGUCUUCCAGGGAGUGGGGGACAGAAGGGAGAGAAGGGUUUCCCAGGAAUCCCUGGAACCCCCGGUCUUCCAGGACCAAAAGGAGAUGUAGGAGCCCCUGGCUUUCCGGGUACACCGGGUUCUAUAGGACCAAGUGGUCCUAAAGGAGAUGUUGGACUUCCUGGUGUUCCAGGAUUCCCAGGACCCAAAGGUCAACCUGGCAAUCCUGGCGGACCUGGUCUCCAAGGCGAACCAGGAGACACUGGCCCACCUGGAUCCCCUGGAGACCCUGGUGUUGCUCCGCCCCCAAUUCAGCUGAAAGGAGAACGUGGACCCCCAGGUGUUCCUGGGCCUCCAGGCAACCCAGGCCCCCCAGGGCCUCCAGGACUAGAGGGACUGUCAGGUCCACCAGGAACUCCUGGUGAUCCGGGACCUGAGGGACCUCCAGGAUUCAGUGGGCCCCCUGGAAGGAAAGGAGAUGUGGGUCCAGCUGGACAGCCAGGUGAGCGUGGAUACCCUGGUCCUCCUGGUUCUGAUGGACUCCAGGGUCCACCAGGUCCUCCUGGGCUCGGCUCUUCUGCCCAUGGCUUCCUGAUCACACGCCACAGUCAGACUACAGAUGUUCCCUUCUGUCCGGACGGUACCAGCUUCAUCUAUGACGGCUACUCACUGCUCUAUGUGCAGGGCAAUGAGAGGGCUCAUGGACAAGACCUGGGAACUGCCGGGAGCUGCCUGCGUCGCUUCAGUACCAUGCCCUUCAUGUUCUGCAACAUCAACAAUGUGUGUAACUUUGCCUCCCGAAACGACUACUCCUAUUGGCUGUCUACCCCACAGCCCAUGCCAAUGAGCAUGGCACCCAUCACUGGAGAGAGCAUCAAACCCUACAUCAGCCGCUGUGCUGUUUGUGAAGCCCCAGCCAUGGUGAUUGCUGUGCACAGUCAGAACAUUGGUCUGCCCUCUUGCCCACAGAAUUGGGAUGUCUUGUGGAUCGGAUACUCAUUCAUGAUGCACACCAGUGCAGGUGCUGAGGGAUCGGGCCAGGCCCUAGCCUCGCCUGGUUCCUGUCUGGAGGAGUUCCGUGCGGCUCCCUUCAUUGAGUGCCAUGGUAGAGGCACCUGCAAUUACUAUGGCAACUCUUACAGUUUCUGGCUGGCCACUGUUGAGGUCUCCGAAAUGUUCAGGAAACCCCAGUCAGAGACUUUGAAAGCAGGGAACCUGAGGUCACGCGUGAGCCGCUGUGUUGUGUGUAUGAAGAAGAGAACGUAA